AUGGGUAAUGCAAAAAGCAAAGCCGGUGAACAUCAACAAGAAGAGGACGUAGCUACAGGUCAGGCGAGUGGUAAAAAUGUUGAAGAAUACAGUGCAACCUUUGAUACUGAAAAAGAUGAAGCUAUUUGCGCAACAGAACCCGCCCCUACGAGCGAGACAAAUCUGAAAGAAUAUAAUCCAAGCAUCUUAACCGUAGCUGCAAAUCUUGACCCAAUUUACACGACGGAAACAGAUGGAUCAGAAUGGGUAAGGCCUGGAUACCAUGCUGAUGGCCAAACAUUUGCGGCUACGGCUAAUCUAUCACUAGAUCAUGCUAUUAAUAAGAUGCAGCUGCGAGAUGAUACUGAAGACGACACAGCUUCCGAACUGCUUGAAACUGUUUCUCUAAAUAAUGAAUGCAAAAAAUACGCUGAGGAAGCAAGGGAGCAGUACAAUGCAAGGAGGCGUGCAGCUUAUCGGAAGAAAAAUAAUGAGGAUAUUGUCAGCUUACAAGAUGAGAAUCAGCCGGUACUUGCAAAAUCAGGUGAGGUUGAUGGCUGAUCUUAGUUUGAUGUGCAUGCACAUGAUUCGUUGUAUUAAUCUAUAUCCCUGAUUAUAGAUGAUAUGAUGCUCAUACUAUGUUGCUUAUUAGAUCAUAGGGAUCUUAUCAACGCUCGUAGGCUGGUGGCUUAUCGCAAUAACAAGUCAGAUGGUUCGGCUAACCAACAAGUCAAUGGGAAGUCAUCCCGUCGCCAGUCUCUAUGUGAUAUCACAAAUGUUCUCGAAGAUAGGGAGAUAAAUAAACCCACACGAGAUUAUCAUGGUUGGUAAAUUGAUCCACGUCCCAUAUGCACUGUGUUUGCACGAAGGCAGUCACUUAUUACGCAAUUUAAAUAAGUACUGACCAAUCUUGUUGUAUCAUAUAUUCAGCUAGCUCGGACUAUACAUCAGUCUCGCCUAAUGAUGUAACAUACCCUCAUGAAGCUACGGUCACAUCGGGUGUCCUUUGUGUGGGAGAUAAAGAAGAAUAUUUUUCCAAAGUAGACCAAAGAAACGCCCUGGAAAGGGCUUCCUGUCGGCGGAAAAAACAACCUAAUGUCCAAGAUGAAAAUGCACAUGCCCUUCAUUCAUCAGGCAAGCUUAAAUUGUUUUAUUGUUCUAACCAUGAUAGUCGGUACCGUAAAAACCAAUUGAGCUGACAUAUGUUUGGACAACUUUGGUUCAACAGACAACCCAACUAGCUCUAACUAUACAGCAUUCUCGCAUGAUGCGUCAACAUUUCCUGCUACAAGUACGGUCACAUCUGGUCUCAUUAAUGAAAAUG